GGUUACAUCCUAGGUGUAAUGCAUAUAUACGGAUAACAUCAAAUACCAUAAAAUAAAAUUAAAUACCAUAUUAAAUACGAAUAUAAAACAAAAAUAAUAUCUUGUAUAUAUCAUGUAUUAGUAGAACGUUUUAAAUUACUAAUGUGUUAACUGAGAAAUAUUUAUUAAUAUAUGCAAUACAUAUUUCAAUUUUAAGUUAAGCAACUCGUGUUUGUUGCUGUUAAGUAUUUAUUUUGUAAAGAAGUGGAUGGUGCAUUUAUCAUUUUAUAUUUAUGAGGAAGAAAUAAUGAUUAAAAAGUCCCUUGUGAGAAUGCCUUUAACAUACUCAUUUCGAAAACUUUGGUUGAGAAGUAAGGGUUUAGAUUUUGGCCGAUAUUCUGUUGUUAAACCUGGUAAAUUAUCAUCAAAGAAACUUAUUCCUCAAUAUAUUUUAAAACCAUGCUAUUAUGAAACAGGGAUCCCAUCAAAUGGGCCUCAAUACCCUGAAACAAAAAGCAAUGAACAAAUAUUAAAGAUGCAAAGGAGUUGUGUAUUGGCUGCCAAUAUUUUAAAAUACAUAGGAAGCACAAUUUAUAUAGGCCAAACUACAGAUGAAAUAGACACUAUUGCCCACAAUUUGAGUAUCAUAAAUGAUGCUUAUCCAUCUCCAUUAAAUUAUAAUUUUUUUCCAAAGUCAAUUUGUACAUCAGUCAAUAAUGUGGCUUGUCAUGGAAUUCCUGAUGAUAGACCACUUGAAGAUGGUGACAUUAUUAAUGUAGACAUAACAGUGUUCUGUGAUGGAUACCACGGAGACUGUUCUGCAACCUUUCGAGUUGGUUCUGUUGAUGAAAAAGGCAAAAGAUUGAUACAAGCAACUAAACGAUCUCUGGAUGUAGCAAUUUCGAUGUGUAAACCAAGAGUAAGAUUUUGUGAAAUAGGGGCUUGCAUUCAGAAGUUGGCCAGUGAAAUGGGGUAUGUUGUAGUACCUAUCUUUGCUGGUCAUGGUAUUGGGGAGUAUUUUCAUGGGGCUCCAGAUAUUUAUCAUAUUGAAAAUGAUUAUCCAUACACUAUGGAUGUGGGAAUGACGUUUACAAUAGAGCCCAUAUUAUCACAAGGAACAUGGGAAGUGAAAAUAUUGAAUGAUAAUUGGACUGCAGUAAGUGUGGACGAUUCCAGAAGUGCACAAUUUGAGCACACUAUUGUUAUUGAAGAUAAUGGUUCAAGAAUUUUAACAGAACCUGAUUGCACUGAUAUAACUAAAGGAUUUUCCUUAGAGGAUUUAAAAAAUCCUUCUUUGGUACCUAUAAAAUAAAAUCGGUUGAGAAUAAUAAACAUGACGAAAAAAAUAAAACUGCGGAUCUUUUUUAUUA